AUAGCCACUGGUCUGGGCUCAAAAUUCUGAGUGACGUCACGACACCACAAUUCCGCUUGACGUCACUGAGCGCAGUGUAGUCUAUAUAACGGCCCGUCACGAACUAGUCGAUUCAUACAACCCCCUUCAAACGUUAUAAUGGCAUUCACGGCGUCCGACAUUUGCAAGAUAAUUUUUGCUAUCAUUCUUCCUCCUGUAGGCGUCUUCUUGGAACGAGGGUGUGGAGCCGAUCUUCUCAUUAAUUGCCUACUAACUCUCCUUGGAUAUCUUCCAGGAAUUAUUCACGCACUCUACAUUAUUCUGAAGUACUGAGUAAUGAGGCCAGACCAUGCUCCCACAGAGUUGAGCCUUUAAUGGGCCAUCAAUGAACCAUGGUAUAUCCAGGAUAGGAUCACAUAUGUUUCCUGACAUCGUCAUAUUCACGUUUAAAUAUGUAAAAUGCACACCUUUCACAAAUUCACGUCAUGCACAAUUCAAUAUGUACAUACCCUGCGGCUCGCUUUAUAUAAGUCGCGGAAUUGCCUCGUGAU